UUCACUUUCUUCGUGUUCUCCGUCUUUUUUCACUUCCGCCGUCCAGCUCCCUCUCGCGCUCUCUCUCCAAUGGCGACUAUUUCCGGCGCAUCAACCACCAUCCGCCCUCGCCUGACCUUGGGCACAACAAGGCUUUCUGGUCUCUCUGUUUCAUUCUCAAACAAGGGAAGAAGCACCCUCUCUUUUACCCCAUGUCUCAGGUCUACUCGCUUGAGGGUCUCUUGUGCGGCAAAACCAGAGACAGUGAAUAAGGUGUGUGAAAUAGUGAAGAAACAACUUGCACUAUCAGAUGAUUCUCCAGUCACAGCUGCAUCAAAAUUCUCAGAGCUUGGAGCUGAUUCUCUUGAUACGGUGGAGAUUGUUAUGGGACUUGAGGAAGAAUUUGGCAUCAGUGUGGAAGAGGACAGUGCCCAAAGCAUUGCAACAGUUCAGGACGCUGCUGAUCUUAUAGAGAACCUCGUUGAGAAAAAGGGUGCCUAAGAAUAGCUACCUAAGUUAAAGUUUAUUUUAUUAUACUGAUGUCAUAAGUAGUGCGCUAUCACUAGAGCAGCUGGAAACCACCUUGUGAACUUGAGUUGUAUGCCUGUUUAAUUAGUCAUUCUACAGAAUCGUCGGCUUGUUGAGUUUUUCUUAUUUUAGUGUGAAAGUACUAGAACUAGAAUUUUAAAUGGAACAGGACAUGUGGUAUCCAAUGGGAAGCCAUAAUGCAAUAAAAACUGCCUUUUUUG